AAAAGAUAUAUGAACGAAUUUUCCCAUUUUGCCCUCAUAUCAGAUUUUGAAACCAUUCGAAUUUGCUUCCCACUCAACUCAACCACUUGAAUCCCCCGCACACACAAAUCCAGAUUCGAAACAGAAACAGAAACAGAAACAUAAACCCCCUUCAUCUGCGAUUCACUCAUUUCGUUCCAGGAGCCCCAUUCCAGUCACUGUUAGCAGCAGAUCCCAACUUUCUACAGAUCUUUACUGCAUUAGAGCCUCUCACAAGUUGAUGAUAAAGGGAAAUGGAGGACGUAUAUGAAGAACUAGACGAAGCUAAAGCAGAGGUGGAGAGGCUUAAGACUGAAGUCCGGGUUAAGACUGAACUCUCUGAUGCUUUGAAGAAAGCUCACAAUGAGCAGUUGAUUAAGUUUCAAGAAGCGAAGCGGGAGAAUGAGAAACAAGCUCAAGAACUAAAUGUCAAGCUUGAGGAAAUUUCUCAAUUAAGGCAGGCUUCUGAAACCCUCCAGUCUCGUUUGCUUGAAAAAGAAUCGUUGCUUAGGCAUUUGACUACUUUGCAUGAAAAACUCCGAGCUGAUAGUGAGAAGAAAUUGCUAGAAUUGGAAGGGGAAAAUAGAGAGUUAGUAUCUGCCUUAGAUGAAGCUACUGAGAGAAACAUAGAGUUGGAGCAGAAUUUUGGUGCUAGUACUAAAGAGAUUGAGGGCCUUAAAAGACUCUUAUCGACUAUAGAGAGGAAGUGUUUCGAGGCAGAGCAGAACGCUCGUGAAGCCAAAGAACUGAGACAAAGAGAUGACGUCAUAAUGGGGUUAGAGGAGGAAAAUAGAAAUGCUCGAGAUCAGCUGAAAUGGAAAAAAGAACAGUUUACACAUCUUGAAGAAGCACAUAGACGGCUCCGAGCUGAGUUCCAGUUGGGUAAAGAGGAGUGGGAGAGGGAAAAAUCAGCACUGCUUGAAGAGAUCUCUUUGUUGCAGACAAACUUGGAUUCCCAAACUAGAAUUCUUGAAGGCGUUCAAAAACGUUUGGAAAUGUGCAACCAUGCUUUAGCUCAUGAAGAAAGCAAGAGGAAGUUUUUGGAGGUUGAAGUGUCUGAAUUCAGAUCACGUUACGAGAAUGUGUUUGCCCAGUGUGAAGAAGAAAGGUCAAAGUUUGAUAGCUUGACUGUUCAAAGGGAUGAAGAGAUUGCUAAGCUAAGAAACUCAUUGUCAACAAAAGAAUCACUCUCCAAAGAAACGGAAUUUAGAAUUGUUCACCUUGAGCGAGAGAAUCGGGAAUUGAGAGAAUCUAUAAAAGAACUGCAGGAAGCUCAAAUCAGAAAUUGUGCCCCAGCUUCUCUAACAAAGUUGCGAAACAAGCUUAGGGGCAUGGAGCAGACACAUAGCAACUGUUCCACAAAUCUGAAAGCAAAAGAAUCUGAAGUGAGUCUCCUAAUAGAGAAGAUGAAAGGAGAUGUAAACAGGCACAAUUUUGAAUUGAAGGAUAGAGAGGAGCAAAUACAGAAGCUUCAGAUGGAGCUAAAAAGCUGCCAUUCAGUGAUCGACGUUUUAAAUUUAGAGAUUUCAGUACUAUUUACGAUCUUUAAAUCAGAACUCUCAGAGGCUUACUCCAACAAAUCUGAUGAAAACACUGAGAUGGAGCUGUGUAAUAGAAUGGAUGACAAGAUCUCUCUACUUCAAACAGAGUUGGAGAUGAAGAACAGUGAUUUAAGAAAUGCUCAUCUUAAGCUUGAACAAGAGCACAUCAAAGCAGAAAUGCUAAUGAAGAGGGGAAGGUCCUUGGAGCUCGCUGAACAGCAGCAGGUUAUCAUGGAGGAAGAGGUUCAACGACUUAAAGAGAUGCUUGAGGAAUCAUCUGUGCAUCAACUUUACAUGAAAGAACAAUUUGUGCAGAUGGAAGUGGAGAAACGAGAAGUAUCUUUGGCUUUAGAAAAGGCAAAUCUUGAAUUGACUGAGGAAGUUUGUGAAGCAAGUCAGCUAGAAUUUGAAUUACAGAAUUGGAAAUCUCGAGCUGAAAGAUUGAAAGUGUGCUGGCAAGGAAAUCAAGAAAAAUGUAGACAAAUGGAGGAUUCACUUCUUGCACAAGCUGAGUAUGAAGAAACCCUUAAGCAUGAGAAAGACCGCCUCAUCACCAUUAUCAAAGAGGAAACUAAAAAAAGGGAAGUUCUGCAGCAGAAGAUUGUCCUUCUAGAAGCUACAGUUGCAGCAGCAAAGAAUGAGGAAGUGGAAUUCAUCCCAGAAAUCACAGAGAACCUUAUGAAAAAUGCACAGGAGAAGGAUAGCUGCAUAGAAAAACUCCAAAAUGAUAUCAUGCAGAUGGAGCAAGAGGCCAUGACAAGAGAAGUGGAAGCAGCAAUUUUUGCAAGCAUAGAUGCAGAGAAAACCGUUGGACUAGAGAAAGACAAGCUUUUCAAGGUUAUAAAUGAGAAAGAUGAGGAAAUAAAGAAUCUUCAAGUACUGGCAUCAUCAUUAGAGCAAGACUUGACAAGUGCAUUUAUAUCGUCCUUCUCAGAAGUUGUAGAAAAUUUGGUUACAAUUGAAAAGCUUACUGAAGCUUUGAAGAAGGCCAAACAUAUGACAGAGCUAGAGAUUGAAGAGAAGAACAUGAGACUUGUUGAGUUGGAAAAGGAAGUAUCUGGUUUGCGAAAAAGUUUGAAAAAUCAGGAGGAAGCCUUGUUUACUGAAAAACGACAAGCAGAUGGACUUCAAGCAUUAUUGGAAGCCAAUAAACUGGAAAAUGACAAACUGAUGGGUGAACAGAGGAGACUGGAAGGCAUAAACAAGCAACUUGAGUUUGAAAAACAGGUUCUCUUUCAAGACACCGCAAGUCUAUCAAAAGAUAGGGAGCACGUUCUUGUUCACUUCGAAGAAUUCUGUGAUCGCAUGGGGGACUUCACUUGUGAGGAUGUGGAGAUGAUGAAUCUUUUGGAUACAAUAUUGCAAACGUGCAAGGAAGAGGUGAAACCAGCAAUGAAUUUGAAAGUGGAUAAUGAGCUCUAUGAUUCUACCCAAGAGAAUGAAAACAAUUCUAUUUCAACCUCAGCAAGAAAACUUGAAGCAUGUAUUACUGGAAGAUCACCACUGAAAGAAAUGAAUCAGCAGGAGUUUGUAACUAAGAGAAGGAAUACGAGUUUUCACUUAAGAAUAUGACACGAGAGGUGCCAGAAUCGAAGAAAAGGGUUUGAGACCGUAUCGAGCUUGAACCAGUUAGCAAAUGGCAAGGGCAAACAAAUAUUUUGUAUUUACUGCUGUGUGUUGUUUUGUGAGUUACCACGAAGCUCUUAUAAUUUUUCCUUUGUAUGAGACUGAGCUGUGACGAAACAUGCACUUGAAAUUCAGUUCCCAAAUGCAAUCAUCCCUAUAAAAUCCUUGUGUUGUUGAAAAUUGUAAAUUUCAGUUGUUAAAAAAAAUUAAAAAUGUUGCAAGUA